AUGGGAGAUAACGUACACCGUCGUUUGCAAGAUCUCUCUCUUGGUGUAGAAGAUGAACCCAUUGCUCUUCCGGCGUCCGUCUGUAAUCAGGCCGCCAGUGCAAAUCGCUACGCCAUCAUCAGCGCUACAGUGAAUGCAAGGAAACAACAUCUCCGAACUUUGAUUGGUCACAUGCCAAGGCUCUGGGGUUUUGGAAACAACGUGAUUGGUCGGAUUGUUGGGCAAAACCAAUUUCAAUUUGUGUUCCAAUCUGAAGAGGCGAUGAAUCUCACUCUCCGCCGUGGUCCAUGGUCCUUUAACGAAUGGAUGAUUGUCCUCCAACGGUGGUCACCAAACAUUGAAGAUGAAGCCAUGAAGAUCAUCCCCUUUUGGAUCCAAAUCCGGGGAAUUCCGCUACAAUAUCUGACUCGUCCGAUGAUUCGUUUCAUCGGUGAUAAAUUGGGCCCUGUUGUCGAAGUGGAUUUCGAUGAAGCAUCAACACGAGUCGACUUUGUUCGUGUAAAGGUAAACUGGAAUCUCGAAAAUCCUCUACGCUUUCAACGAAAUUUCCAAUUUGGUGUGAAUGAGAAUACUGUGAUAAGAUUCUGGUAUGAAAGGCUGAGGAAUUUCUGCAACAAGUGUGGUUUGUUAACUCAUGAACUCAAGGAUUGCCCUCUGAAUCUUGAUGAUGAUGAUGAUGAAGACCCUCAGUUACCCGAGGAAAAUCCAGAUGAUGAUGGAAUCAAAAUAUUGAUGGGGAACUCGAUGCUACAAACAGAGACAUCGUUUUUGAACCCAUGUCUGCAGGUUUCCCUGAUGCAGAUACUAAUCAACAACAAAGAAAUGCUAAUCACAACCAAGAAAAUGCAGACAAUGACUUGGCUACUGAAACGGUUCACUAUUUGCAAGCGAAAAUGGCAAAAGGAAAAUUCAGAGAGGAUGAAUUUAUGGAAGUCUUUGCUGCUUACACAAGAGAAGAGGAAUCUCCAGGAGGCUUCAGCAAACGCAAGAGACAGGAAAUUGAGGAAAUGUUGCACACUCCACUUCAGUAUGAUAACAGGACGGUCUGGUGUCCUGUUUCAAAGCGGCUUAACUUCAAUGAAUCACAAGGUUCUUGUUCAGCUUAUUCUACAAUGGACAGAGGCACGGGGGGGGUACCCCCAUGGUUGCCAUGAAGAUCCUCUCCUGGAAUUGCCAAGGCCUCGGUCCUGUGGGGUCUGUCACUGA